CAAUCAAACCGAACCGACCGAACGCGCCGCCAGUUCCAGUACACCGCGCGCGCGCUACGCGAGCGGUCGUAUACGAUUUGUGUGUAUCGCGCCAAUCUUGAGACGAUUCAAACUACGUACGGGACACUUCGAGUUUGAUUAAUUUCUGUUUUACCUGCCGCUGACCUCUCCACACCUGCGUCGGGAACUAAUUAUAGAAUUAUAAUGAGAUGUGACAGUUUUUAAGUAAAGAGUUUAGUGUAGUGAUAAAAAUCAAAAUGGCGGCUGCCAUGAUAACUGAUCGUGGACUUCGAAAGAAAUUAACUCAGGAAGCCAUACCAGAAAAGACGCCUAAGAAGCCGUCAAAACGAAAGUCGACUGCUAGCUGUUCUAAGAAUGAUAAGAAAAACGAGCAGAACAAUAAUAAGAGGCCCAAAAUCCAGACUGGCGAUCCAAAACUUGAUUUGUUCUCCACAUAUCAACCGUGGGUGAUACAGACAUACGGAGAUUUGGCCAAGACAAAGACUAUAACAUUGAAAAAGUACGCCAGGAUCUUGCGCACGUUGCGUGGGGAAGAAUGCAACAGUUCUGACAGUUCCAAAUUCCGUUUCUGGGUCAAGGCGAAGGGAUUUCAUGUUGGAAAGCCCCCAGGAUAUGAAGCCAAGCCUGCCGAUGGUAUAGUCUGCAGAUACAGCGUAUUGGAUGCAGACGGUUGUGCAAAAGGCCCAGAUGGUCAGGAGAUUUACACUGGAUCACAGAAUGAUCCGCCUUUGUAUAUACCAACUCCUCCUCUGAAGAAUGCGCCGACUCAAGAACCGGUAUAUAGAAAGGUGGCUAUAGUAGAAAAUUUCUUCGACAUCAUUUAUACGGUUCACGUUGAAUUAGAAGGACGACCUGGGAAGCAUGCUGGACAGAAACGUACCUACAGGACGAUUACCGAGACGUACGCGUUUCUGCCUCGAGAGGCGGUCACGCGCUUCCUCACCGGAUGUGCGGAGUGCGCGCGGCGUCCGCGCAGCGCCUCUCCUCCACCACUGCCAACACCUUCGCCUUCCCCUACCAGGCACCCGACAUACCUCUCAUUUCUACCUCAUUGCACCACAGACUACACUCGAAAUUGGGAAUCAGAAAUCGACGCGGCACAUUCCAACUAUCCAUACGAACCUAAAUUUGACUACACAGACCUCCAGCCGCUCAAGAAAGUAGAAAGCCCAAAGCCAACAGAGGUAGAAGACCAGGAACCGACGUAUAUAGAACUUACGUCAAAGAAAGUCAACGGGUUUGAUUCAACACUGAAUUAUAGUAGAAAAUCGCCAGUCGAUCCAGCGAUUAGAGAAGAAGAACCUGUGAAGGCAGAACCUGAAAUAGACAAAGAUGAGAAUAGUUUGAUAGACGUAGAAGAUGUUAAACCUGAUAGUCCACUGCUUCUCGUAUCACAAAAACAAAAUGAAGAAGAACAGAAGAGUGGGGUUAAAGAGGAGCCAAGCGUGAAAAGUACUAGGACGACAGAAAACGUAGAAGCUAAAGAGAUUAAGACUGAAGUUAAAAAGGAGAAGAAGUAUAAUCCGUUAGACGUCGCAAAUUUGACGUCGAAAGAUCCUCCAAAAUCGAGAUCACCGCCGAGGAAAAAGUUGUUACCUACGAGUAUAGAGUAUUUAAAUACAUACAGUAGAUUUCCAAAGCCAUGGAGACCUGACGGUGCUUAUUACGAAGAGGAGAUGGACUACAGCGUGCCCAUUACUACGGCGUAUUUGAAACAUAUGAGGAGUAUGGCGUACCAGGAACGACUCGAUUUGGAAAAUAAGGACAAUCUAACACCGGAACCAGUAGAUAUGAAUGAGGAUGAUAAUUAUUCCAGUCAGGCCUUCGCGAAAGACGCUGAGAAGUUGAAAAUGAUGUUGCUUGCAUGGAAUUACCACAGCCAGGCGCAAGGUCGAAAUGGGGAGAUAACAGAAAGCGGCACAGACAGUAUGGCAGAUCUCUGGGCUUCGUAUCACAGCGCUUUGGGGCUGGGCAGCAAACCACCCAAGCCAUCUACACCUUUGGCUACUGGCCACUCGAGCCCAAUUCACGUCGGUUCAGCAACUCCUGGCGCUGAACAAGCAUCGACUCACGACGAGACGUCAUCCUCUGAUCGGACGAAGGACGACGACGAUGGUGGCGCGUCUGAUGAUGACAGCGACGAUCGCGUUGAUCCGCAACAUCACGAUCCUGAGCGGCUCAAGGCUUUUAAUAUGUUCGUUCGACUAUUCGUUGAUGAGAACUUAGACAGGAUAGUACCUAUAUCGAAACAGCCGAAGGAGAAGAUUCAAGCUAUUAUCGACUCGUGCACCCGACAAUUCCCGGAGUUUGCCGAGCGUGCUAGAAAGCGAAUUAGAACGUACUUGAAGAGCUGCAGAAGGAAUAAGAAGGUCCGUGGUGAUGGUCCCACGACGGGAAACGGGGGCAGCACGCCGGGUACUGGCAGCGCAUGGGAUACAGCGGUGCGGCCGACGCCGGCACACCUGACCUCGGUGCAAGCGGAACACAUUUUGGCGCAGGCCUGCGAGAACGAAAGCCUCAACGCUAAACGCAUGCGGCUCGGCCUGGAUCCUGUCAGCCAACCGAUGCCAACUGUACCCACACCCAUGGCAAUCGACACAACAGCGACCUCUGCCGUCGCCUCAUCGUUUCUCAGUUUGUACAGCGGUGCCAUUAGUAGCCCAGCGUCUACUCCAGCUACUACCACAAGCACCACAUCUUUAUCGACAGCGGGACACAGCAAAGCUGCAGCGGACACUACCAGGCCAUCAGCGAGCCCCACGAUGGAGAAUACGUUGUUGAACAACAAUAGCUUGAAGUUGGACAAUGCGAAUGGAAACGCCGGGAGUAAGACUGCUAGUCCUGCAUCUUCACCGGCGCCAUUGUUUAGACCUUCAUUCCCGAACACAUUCGGAACGCCACAAACAUUUGGAAGACAAAGUUCCAGCACGAAUCCAGCUUCAGCGCUUACAAACAGCGCGCUGCUGUCCACAUUGUCCGCUUUACCACCCGGUGGCGUAGGAGUGAAUGCAGCGAUGGCAGCGUACCAAAGCGCUUUAUUGUCCGCUAUGGCAGCGCAUACGCAUACGUUUCCCACCAGUCUCACAGCACCAACAGACCUAUCACUGAAGACGUCGACGUCGACUCCGCUACACGCCACCUCUACCUCUUCAUCGUUGCCUGGUACCGCGGCUUCGUCUACCUCCAAGUCCUCGCUUCUAUCCCACAAGCUAUCCGGUGCAGAAGUCGGCGCUGUCAGACAGCUCAUCACCGGUUACCGUGAGUCUGCAGCCUUCUUGCUUCGAUCAGCUGAUGAAUUAGAAGCCUUGCUUCUUAACCAGGCCUAGGAUUUACCCAAAUUGUCACUGACAGACAUAUUCGGAUUUAAAUUCGGAUAUUUUUAAUAUGUGAGUUGUUUGGGGUGAGAAUUGAUUAAACAUUUAUGGGAUUUGACUGAAUUUUCGGUUUUAAAUAACCAUGGUUAAAUAUUAUUGACAAAAGUUUAAAAGUUAUAAAUUCAAAUAUAAAACAUUAUUAUUAUUAUCUUCGACAGUUUAUUACGAGUAUUGGCAAAAAAAGAUUAAUGAGUAGCCAUUUUAUUUCUUAUAUUUUUUAAAUAUUAAAAUUAUGGGUAAAUCAGUAAUGAGAAUUCAAUCCAUAGAUAGUUAAUAUUUUUUUUUAAUUAUCAUUACUAGAUAAUUUGUAAUUACAGACGAUUUUUAAUUAGUGCUCAAUACUUACUUGAAUAGAAAAUGCGAUGCAACAUUCGAUUAUUAUUUAAAAAAAAAAAAUACAGUUAUAACUUCAAUUAGAACUUAACGCGGUUAAAUUAUCUAUGAUAUUAUAUAAGAAUUGUUUUAAAAAAACAAUUACUUAUUUGCUGAGUUAGCAACACUGUUUCAAUGUUUAAAUGUAUGGUGCUUGUUUAUGCGUUCGACAGUGUUGCCCACUUACCAAUUUCUAAUUCUCGUCUUUGUCCAAGCUAUAGAGAAUAAAAUAUGGUAAGUAUCUCCUAAGUCCAAUUGUCUAUUUCGGCGAUCGUACAAAGCUGCCAUAAUUAAUGUAAAAAAAAAAAUGAAAGAAAAAAAUAAUAACUAAAGCGUGUUGCCAUUUGAAACUCGUUGGAAGAGUACAAAAUUAUUUUUGUGUAUAUUUAGAAUUAAGAAAAAAAUCAGGGAGAUUUUAGUGUACCUAUAGGUUAAUUUUUUUCUUGCCUGGUGCGAUGGUUAUAGAUUACAUAGUUAGGGCGGAACUCCACUAUAGUGCUUUUCUCAGUUCGCUUCAACUUCGCUCUUGGUAUGGUCAAUACAAACAGUUCGAGAUUGAUCGAAAUAGGACAGGAUUGUAGUGUAUCCACACAUAAUGUCUUUUAUGUAAUAAUAUUUUAUCAAACCGAGAGUGGAUCGAGAUCGGCACUAUAAUGUCGAUCCGGCCUUAGUGGUUUAAAUGUCGAAAUCAUGCUUUGUGAAGGUGUCUGAAUAGGUAUACCUAUCUGCGUUAUAAUACAGAGUUCGAAGUACAUUUCACAUAGUUAAGACAGAGUCUACACUUAGAUUCGAAAGUGGCAUUCUAGUGUUAAGAGGCACGAAUUUAUUUGUUGUUUUGUAUUAUACGAAUAGUGCUGUAGUUGUACUUAUUAAUAAUAUAUUUCUAAUUUAUAUAUUCUUAUUUAAAAGAGCUAAGUAUAUAUUAAAUUUUAAUAUAGUUUGGUGAUCAGCUCCAUCCAAAAUUAUCUUCAUUUAUAUAUUUCUAUCACUUUUUUUUUCGUAUACAUCAUUAUAUUGAACGCGCGUUCGUGCGUAUAUCUAUUUGUUACCAUAGAUUUUAUGGCCAAGUACUGUAGGUAGGUUGUAAUGUUAGAAAUACUGCUUGUGGUGUACAAAAUAAGGUUCAAUUUUGUAAAAUAUCUGUCAGAUUAAUAUACUUUCGGAUGUUCGGCCUACGAGUUUUUUUUUUUUUUUUUUUUAUAAAAUCAAGUGCAAAUACCUCGUCCUGUUAUGUUUUGUUUAAUUUGUUAACAUUAGUUUUAAACAUUCACAUCUCGGCCAGUUAUAGUCAAAUUUUCCGAUUAUCUGUAUAUCUAGUUUAAGUUUUAAACUUACAUAGAAUAAUUACGUCGUAAACGCUUAAUAAUUUGCUACUAAUUUUAUUGUUCAUAAUAUUUCCAAAUGUAUAAAUCACUCUAAUAUCCAUAAAGGCGCUGGAAAGGUUUACAAAAAAUAAGUCCUCUCUUUGAAAUCGGUUGUCAGAAAUAAACAAUUCUAUUUCUAUUGGCUUAAAGUUCAAAUUUCUGUGUUAUAUUUGAUAAUAUAGCAAUUUCAAAGACUAAGACAUAUUUUCAACUAAUUGAUAAAAAUAUGCGACUAUUACAUUCACUGCUGAUGGGUAACAUUAAAUUACACGAUUUAGAGUCCAAUUCUAUGACGACUCUAUGAUUACAAUACAGUUAGUUACAAAUUAAGCCGAAUCUACACUACAGUUGGUCGCUCUCGGUAUGGACAGUACAAACAGUUCGAGAUCGAUUGGAACGGGACUGGAUUGUAGUGUGAACACACAUUGUUUCUUAAGUAAUAAAAUUUUAUCAGACCGAGAGCGGAUCGAGAGCGACACUAGCGACACUAGUAUGGACCCGGGCUUACAUGUUAUGUGAUUAUAUUAUAUGUAUAAAUGUAUCUCAAACGCCUAAGUCCUAUAUUAAAAAAGUUCGCGAAUUGUAAAAACAUCAGAAUCAAAAACCAUUUGAUUAAAUAUUUAUUUAUAAUCUCUACACUUGAAGUUUAAAUUUUUAAUAUGGUAACCUGAUUAUAAAACAUAUUUAUUAUAAUGAUAUGUUUUAUAAUAUAGAACCCAGGCGGUAAUAUACCCAUGAAAGCAUUCCUACUAGUUGAUAUAUAUGGAAUAAAAAGAAUCUGCCCCUAUUAAUGGAGGCAAGGGGGUCUACCAUGAAAUGAAUUUCUGAAUUUUCAAACUCAAUUUCGUGUUUUUGUUUAUACCUAGUAAAUGGAGCUUAACGUUUCGUUCGUCAUAAAUCUUACCAUAAUAGUCUAAAGGAACGAUAUUUUAACAUUGUUUUUGUAAUUUUACCAUCAAAUUUGUCUUUCGUUAGGCCCCGAAAUUUCUGAAAAUAUUUCAUGGUAGGCCUUAGAAUUACACCACACAUAUAUUCGGCAGUGAAUGUAAUAAAGCAACAUUGACGCAACCAAAAUGUAUAAUAGUUUCACGAAUUUUGCCAGUUUUUCUCAAUAGAAUAAAGCUUAUGCCAGUUUUUAAUUAAAAAUUGUAAAUUCACUUUUGAAUAUUAAAAUUGCCAAAGAAACAAUUUGAUUUCGGUACAUGUAUGGAAUUGGUGAAUUAAUUUUAUUGUACUGUAUGGUUAAUUAAUGGUUUUCAUGUUACACCAUAAGAAUAAAUAAAUCGAGUAAAACCACCAUUAAUAUAAUUUCCAUUGUGAACACGCCAAAAUGUAUCCUUCUUUCUUUCAAACCUCGUAUUGGUUGGGAGGGUUACCACAAAUUCCAUUGUCAUUUAAGAGAUUUUAAUACGACGCGACGAACGUACGUUCUUAGAACAGACAACGUCAGACAUAGAUAGGUAUACAUAAAAAAAAAUAAAAGAAUAUAUAUAUAAUAAAAAAAAAGAAAAGUACAUAAAAGAAGCAACAUAAUUUUCCUUUCAUGCGUGUGCAAGCAACACAAAAUGGUCAAAACUCAGUUUAUUGGUGUUCACAAGCCUUGAUUAAUUUAACUAUUAAAUACAAGGUAGUCGUUAGCGCGCCAUAUUGAAUUCACCAAUAUAGGAUUUAAUCUAUUUAUUUAUUCUUAUGGUAACAUUUAGUUUAGUUUAAUUCAGCUUCGUUUUACAAGUCAUUCCAAUAUUUUUCUAAAACGAACAUCAUCGGUGCGAUAGAAAAUGCUGUAGUCAUUGUAUAAUUACGGGAAAUUGUAAAAAGUAUGUUUAGAAUAUUAUAAAAAAAGUUGAUUAGAAAUAUGUGAAAGUUGAUGUUGGGAUAACGAAAAAAAAAACGAAAUGGUGGUAAUACGUUGAGAAAAUGAAUUUGUUAGACAUUAAAAUAUAUUAUUAUUAUUAUAGAUGUAUAAAUGGUUUACAAUUAUUAUUAUUAGUUUGAGAGAAAUACAAAAAAAAAAAUGGAGAGAAAUACAAAAUGGCGAUUGUUACUAUUAACGAUAUGAGAAUUUAGUUAUAAUUUUGCAAUUUCAAAAUGUGAGUUUUACAAUUUUGAAAAAGAAAAUAUUAAAUAUGCUCAUAUACUGA